AUGGCACUUGGCCAAGAUUAUACAGAGGUGUCGGCCUGUCUAGAGCACCAGGAGGCUUUCGAUGGUUCCUGUUAUGAGUUUGUGGCGCAGCAGCGCACCUUCCAGAGUGCUCAGCGCUGGUGUGAGCGAGGUGGAGGACACCUGGCGUUCAUUCAGAAUGAUGAAACGCAGCAGUUCUUCCAGAGGCAACUUCAGCCCCAGCAGGACUGGUGGGUAGGGCUGGCCCCAGCUUCCAUCAACCUGACCCUGGACUCGGCUGCCGCUGAAGGAACCCUGUCCUGGCUUGAUGGCUCUGAUGUUAGCUACUCUAACUGGGUGGGUGAGCCCUUAGUAGGAGCCAGAUGUGGCUACAUCCUGCAGGAUUCUGGCUUUCAAUGGGAGGCCACAGACAACUGCACCCAAGAGAUGCUCUUUGUCUGUGAAUUUGAGAAUGGGAAAUCUAUGGCUUGUGCAAACCAUAACGCUACACUUCAGUGUGGCUCUGGGCAGGUGAUACAGGUCGACGACAGCUUCUUCGGUAGAAAGACGAUACACUACUGCCAAGGGUGGCACCUCUCUUCCGUCACAUCUUCUCAGGAGGAGUGCAGUUGGGUGGAUGUAGUAGAUUUAGCAGCAGGGCACUGCCAUGGACUUCAAGCCUGCCAGGCUUUGGCAGAUGCAUCAUCUUUUGGAGAACCUUGCCCUGGUCUUGGGAGCUACUUGUCUGUGGAAUAUCACUGUAAAGAUGGUCUUCACCUGCUCAUGAGCAAGCUGGCUGCUGUCUUUGACAACGUCACUAUCCAGGUGAAGUGGCUGUUGCACCCAUUUCAGGGCAACCUGACAUGCACUUUCAGUGCAGGUGAUGGCCACACUAUCGAUCCAUACAGCCCUGAUGAGGGGGUGGAGUGCUCCACCAGUGAGUGGCAUGUGACAGCACAGAAGACCAUCACUAUCCAGGAACCACUCAGUGAAUUUGGUGUAAUCAAGUGCUACAGCAUGGGCCAGUCAAUGAUCAGCGCAAACUGCAAAGCCCUCGCCAACAACCCUCUCACAAUCCAGGUCGAACUGGAGGCAGGAACCAAUGUCACCUACAAAGUUCAGAGCGAUGUCACAGUGCUGGCCUUGUCAUCCGCCGCUAUUGGCAUAUACCCUCACAACAUCACAUUGGGUCCAGAGGCGGUGCAGAGACUGGGUCUAGGCUGCCAUCAGCUGACUCUGCUGGCCUCUAACAACGUCACCGCUGCAGACCCCUCCGCUGCACUGGAGGUGUGUGUGUUAGAGCUGGUGCAGGGCCUACAGGCAUCAGUGUCAUCGCAGGCUGGGCUGUGCCCUGAGUCAGACCUCCAGAUCACGGUCUCUCUGGACCACGGAGCUCCCGUGCAGCUGCUCUUCCAGAUAUCCGACAGCGACAAUAAGACUGCCCAGGACACAAGAGAAAUGGACAGUGGCAGUCUUCAGGUUUUCAACAUUUCAACAAGUGUCCAAGGACAUCCUCAGCCCCUGUUACGCUUCUGGGCCCAGCACAUCAGUCUCUGCUACAACCUCAGCUUCUGGUCCCAUCACAUCAGUCUCUGCUACAACCUCAGCUUCUGGUCCCAGCACAUCAGUCUCUGCUACAACCUCAGCUUCUGGUCCCAGCACAUCAGUCUCUGCUACAACCUCAGCUUCUGGUCCCAGCACAUCAGUCUCUGCUACAACCUCAGCUUCUCCUGGGACGAGCGCAGCUCCACCCAGUGUCCUCUCAUGCAGGACCAACCCAACUGCAAUUACCUUUAUUGUGGUAAUAAUCCCGAAAAGAGGUCACUCUUUCUGCCGCCAGGGGACAAAAGUAGUGACUACAGCCUGACUGUCAUUGCAACUUCGCAGAACUCAGCAGGAGAAACCUUAAACUCCACAAUUGUCAUCACGGUGAGGGACUCUAUUGCAGAGUCCUCUGUACAGGGUCUCCAGAACUUGGUGUCAAAUCAAGUGGCAGAGUUGCAGAGCCAAGGCCAGCUUACAGGGGCAGCCUUGGCGCAGAUGUACCAAUCUGUGUCCAAUGCCUUGAAUGAAGGUUCCAGUGAGGAGGAGAAGAGUGCCAGAAAAGAGCUCAGAGAGCAGAUGGUCACCAACAUGUCCGUAGCGAUAAAAAGUGCCCCCAUCAAGAGUCCAGAAGAGGUUCAGGCCAUUGCCAGUGCUGUGGCAAAACUUACUAAGCAAGAUGAUGAGCUGACUACAGCAACACAGAUUCAGGCCAGCUCUGUUUUGUCAAAACUCAGCAAGUCCCUCACCUCAUUUCCACUCCCUGGAAAUGAUGCAAGUGAGCAGAUGUUGGAAGCAUCCAGGCCUCUCAUUGAAGCUGCUAGUAAUAUCCUUGGGGUCUCAGCAGCUACAGAUAAACAGAGUGAGAUCACAGAACAUUUACUCAAUGCUGUAGACAAUGUCCAGAGUGCCCUUCUUGCAGGGAGAACGCUCAGCCAAGGGCCCACAGUCUUAAGCACUCCUCAGAUUAGUUUGUACGUCAACAGACUGUCUCCGGAGGACCUUAAGAAACAGUCAUUCACAAUUCAGAACUCCAGCUCUGCCAGCUUCACCUUCCCACCUUUGGAUCCCUCUGUUGUGCCACCAGAGAAGCCAGUGGAUGUCCGCAUGAUGAGCUUUGAGACAAAUCCAUUCUCCUGGAAUGAAGCACAGCCCAUCAAUGGCACAGUGGGAGCUCUGUCUCUCACCCGAGAGAAUGGCUCUACCAUCCCCGUUGGGAACCUGGCAAAUGAGAUUGAGAUUUUUUUGCCGAGGCCAUUAGCUGCUGGAGUGAACAGCACUUUUCUGGACCUCGGAAAUUUCAGCACGAUCAUGAUCAAUGUGACAUCACCUAAUGUGUCCCUGGUGCUCAAGCUGGACCCCUCAGAGGACAUCUCCUUACACUUGAUGAUAGGCUUUCAGGAGUAUCCCAAUAACACACACUACGAGGCACAAACUUACCUACCACAUGAGGGAAACACACAAGAUGAGAGAUAUACAUGGGUGUUGAGCCCCAGCAAUAUGACCAUAGAUGAAGGUAUAUACUACCUUCUAGUGAGGCCCAUUGUAGAAGUUGGUGUAAACUCUACAAAUGCCUCAGUGUCCAUCACAUCCAUCGCUGCUCAGUGCGUGUAUUGGGAUGAACUAAAGCUUAACUGGAGUGACUAUGGAUGCAGGGUUGGCCCUUUGACUACGCCCCUGGUCACACAGUGCUUAUGUAACCACCUGACGUUCUUUGGAAGCUCCUUCUUUGUCAUGCCCAAUGUGAUAGAUGUCACUCAGAUUGCUCAGCUUUUUGGCACUUUUGUCAACAAUCCAGUGGUGGUGUGCUUUAUUGGUGCUAUCGUCCUGUCCUACUUUGUGGUGGUGAUAUGGGCACGCCGGAAGGACGUUAAAGACACAGCUAAGGUUAAGGUUACUGUGCUGGAAGACAACGACCCCUUGGCAGAAUACAGAUACUUUAUGAACAUCAGCACUGGGCACCGGCGUGGGGCUUCUACAUCCUCUCAGGUGACAGUGACUCUGCUGGGCACUGAGGGUGAGAGUGAACCCCACCAUCUGACUGACCCAGACAAGCCAGUGUUUGAGAGAGGAGGGGUGGACAUGUUUUUACUGACCACACCAUUCUCACUGGGGGACCUGCAGAGUGUCAGGCUUUGGCAUGACAACUCAGGAAAUCAUCCCGCCUGGUACAUUAACAAAGUGAUGGUGCAGGACAUUGAGACAGGGCAGAAAUGGCACUUCCUCUGUAGCUCAUGGCUUGCCAUAGAUAUGGGGGAGUGUGUCCUGGAUAAAGUGUUCCCUGCAGCUACAGAGAUGGACUUAAAGAGAUUUAGCAAUCUGUUCUACAUGAAGACAGCAAAAGAUUUCCGCGACGGCCACAUCUGGUUCUCUGUGAUCAGCCGUCCCCCAAACAGUACCUUCACAUGUGUGCAGCGCGUCUCUUGCUGUUUCUCCCUGCUGCUCUGCACAAUGCUGACCAGCAUCAUGUUCUACGGCGUGCCCACAGAUCCCGCUGAGCAGACCAUGGACUUGGGUCACAUAGAGUUCACCAUGCAACAAGUGAUGAUUGGCAUCCAGAGCUCCAUCAUCAUGUUUCCCAUCAACCUCCUCAUUGUCAGCAUCUUCAGAAACACACGUCCCCGACAGCGGAAGUCCAAGAAGUCUGGAAAGGAGAGGACCAUGGCAGAGACGUGCAAACAGGCAAAGAGUGGUCGUGUGUCACCAACUCAGCCACCCUCUCCUGAGAGCCAGCACAGGGAAAUAACACCAGACGCUGUCAUCAAGGACAUAAAAAGAAUAGCUCAGUCCCUCUCCAAGGUCAUGAAGAACCCUCUUCCCAGGAUAGAUGUAACAUCUGGCAAAAACCCUGACAUCAACACUCUUCUGUCACUCGUGGAGGAUAUCAUCCGGCAGCAGAACCGUGCAGGGGACAGGUUUUACACAGAUGACUCCAAGUUUACUGUCACCUUAGAAGAGAACACUUCCUCUGAAAGUCCAAAGAAAAUUACCAGUGAUGGCCAGAGGUGCAGUCUCUACAGCCAAUACCUCUACCGGCAGCUUCAGCAUGUGGAGAAAGAGCUGGGGCUGCUAGGCCCCACCCGCUUCUCCAACCCUGACAGCUACAGCCAGGCCGUGCAGCAGGUGAGGGGUAUGAAGGAUCUCCUGGAGCCCCACCUGUCUUCAGCCUCCAGCGCAGAUCACCCCUCCCGCAGCCCUAGCCCGGAGGACAGCACAGAGGGAGGAGGCGCUGGCAAGAAAUGCUGUCAGGGAGGACUGCCCUGGUGGUUUGUGUUCAUCGGCUGGCUUCUGGUUGUGGCGACCAGUGGAGUGUCUGCGUUCUUCACUAUGUUGUACGGGCUGAAGUACGGGAAAGAGCGCUCAGUCAGCUGGCUAAUCUCCAUGGUGGUGUCCUUCUUUGAAAGCCUUUUUAUCACUCAGCCUUUGAAAGUGCUUGGUUUUGCAGUUUUCUUUGCCCUGGUGCUGAAGAAAGUCGAUCAGGAAGAAUACGGCGAUCCACCUAUUGAUGGACACACAUACAUACCUUAAGGUGAUCCUGAUGCUGUACGGAUUGCACGAAGAGACAGCACGUGCAGCUUCUACCAGCCUCCGCCACCCUCAGACAUUGAGAGGAUGAGAAUGAAUAUGAUCAAGGAGCAGAAAGUAUUUGCUCUUAUCAAAGAGAUCCUCAUAUACAUGGGGUUCAUGUGGAUGUUACUCUUGGUUGCCUAUGGUCAGAGAGAUCCAAAUGCUUACUAUCUGAACCAGCACAUUCAGCAAAGCUUCAGUUGUGGAAUCGCAGAUUCUAUGAGUCACAAGGAGGUGUUUAAAUGGGCCAACACAUCCGUUCUGAACAACCUUUUUGGACAAUAUCCGGGCUUCAUAACAGAUGGGAAUUCCAAACUUAUCGGCAAUGCCCGCCUUCGCCAGGUGAGGGUGCAGAAGGACUCCUGUCGCAUUGCCCGUUCUAUGCGCCAGUCUGCCACUGACUGUCAUGCUCCGUACUCUUGGGAGAUAGAGGACAUGGGCUCUUAUGGACCAGGCUGGAACCGGUCCAGGGAUAUGAAUACCUCACAGGAGGCUCUCAGACCCUGGCGUUACCUGAGUCAGGUCAGACUCAGAGCACAUCCCAUCUGGGGCAAUGUGGCCAUGUACAGAGGGGGAGGCUUCGUAGUGAACCUGGGCCCUGACUUACCCAAUGCUACAAGUGCUCUUCAGUACUUAUUCGACAACAGAUGGCUGGAUGUUUACACUCGUGCCAUCUUCGUGGAGUUUACUGUGUACAACGCCAACAUCAACCUUUUCUGCAUUGUCACACUAAUGCUAGAAACAACAGCUGUGGGUGCAUUCCAGUAUCGUAGUGAGAUACAGACUGUCCGUAUCUAUCAGUCUACGGGUGGCCUUCACAUUUUUGUCAUGGCCUCUGAGGUCAUCUACUUUCUCUUCAUUCUCUACUAUAUGUUUGUCCAGGGUAAGCUAAUGAAGCAGCAGAAGUGGGCCUACUUUAAGACUAAAUGGAACCUUCUAGAGCUCUCCAUCAUCAUCCUCAGCUGGAGCGCACUGAGUGUCUUCAUCAAGAGAACAUUGCUGGGAAACCGGGACCUGGAAUUCUAUCAAAACAACAAGGACACGUACACCAGUUUCCAUGAGACUGCUACAGCGGAUGCAGUGCUGGGCUACCUGAUCGCCUUCCUGGUUCUCUUGUCCACCAUAAAGCUGUGGCACCUGCUGCGGCUCAAUCCCAAACUGCACCUCAUCACCUCCACCCUGCAGAGAGCGUGGACAGACAUCUCUGGCUUCCUGCUGGUCAUGACCAUCAUGCUUCUGGCCUACUCCAUUGCUUGCAACCUAAUGUAUGGCUGGAAGCUAUACUCAUACAGGACUUUCAUUAAUGCCGCACAGACUAUGGUCAGCUUACAGCUUGGAAUCUUCAACUAUGAUGAGGUUUUGGACGAUAACCCAGUUCUUGGUGCAUUCCUAAUUGGAUCGUGCAUCAUCUUUAUGACCUUUGUGGUGUUGAACCUCUUUAUUUCUGUGAUCCUGGUGGCAUUUAGUGAAGAGCAACUUCACCAUAAGCCAUCUGAAGAGGAGGAGAUAGUAGACCUGAUGCUGAUGAAAAUCAGCAGCCUGUUUGGAAUCAAGGUCAAAAAGAAAGAAGACAACCACUGCAGUGCAAAAGAGAGUGGCUCCUCUUCCACCACUAACAAUCCUGCACCAUCUGUCAUAUCAUAAAACUGUUUGUCUUCCAUUGUUACUUUAGCAACAGAAGCACUCUGGUGCUCAGUAGUCUGGUGUCUGGGAUUUUAGUAGGGAAGUGAUGUUGCCGCAUGUAGGACAAAGUUAGUAUGCAAAAUAAAUAAAUAUACUGCU